UGUUGGAUGAGCAAUUUCAAUUUUGUUUUUUUUUCGUUUUCAUUCGUAUUUGAAAAUGUUCAACAUUUUGCCUGUUAUUAUCACUAAAUUUUAAUCAUGUCAUUUACCAACAAUAAUACCAGUGGCGGUGGAGGUGGUUUCGAAAACCGUGAUGAUCGUUUUGCAAUGGAACGUGAAAUACAAAAUCUAAAUCUACAGAAUUCGAUGCAAAAAGAAUUUAUCGAUAAAAUUAAACAACAAUUACAAGAAACUGAAAAUGAUCUGCAAAAAUCUCGUCAUGAAUAUUAUGAAAUUCUUCAAGGUCGUGAUAAUCUUAAAAAAGAACAUGAAAAUCUUGUCGGUGAAGUACAGAAGCUUAGUGGUGAAAAAAUUGAUAUUUUCGAAUUAUUAAAACAAAAAAAUGCCGAAAUAACAAGCCUAAAAGACACGCUACAAUCAUCACAACAUUCGAAUGAUCCGUCCACAAUGGAACAUUCGAUGAAUUCAUCAUUAAAUGAAAUUCGAUUACGUUUUAUGGACAAUCGUUUUAAAGAGGAAAAAAAUCUCUACCAAAAUCAAUUGAAAUUAUUGAAUGAAGAAUUGGAGAAUAAAACACAAGAAUUACUUAAUGUUCGUAAAGAAAACAAUGAGAAAUUAUUGGCGGCCAAUCUAAAGAUUGAAGAUCAAACGGAUGAAAUAGCCAAUAUGAAGCUGGAGAUAAAUCGAUUGAAAAAAUUGAACGAAUCAAAAGAUGUGAAAAAUGAAGAAUUGUCAAAUAAGCUGUUGGAAUUGCAGAUUCAUUGUACAAAAUUGGAAAGUACAUAUAAUAAAGAGACUGAAGCACAAAAUGAAAUUAUUAACCUGUUGAAUAAGAAUAAUGAUGAAAAGGAAAAAGAAUCACGACAAAAAGAUGAAUGUAUUGCUGAACUACGUGAAUUGUUGCAGAAAGGAUUGGAAGCACAUAAUGAAUUGGAAUUACAAUUUGAAUCGAUGAAAGAAAACUAUAUGAAAGAUGUGAAAGAGCUUGAAGAUGAAAGACAAAAAUUAUUGAAUGAAUUGGACAAUGCACGUUGUCAUCUGAAUGAAUUCAAUAAAACAGCUGUGGAAAAAGAAUUUGAGAAACAUUUCCCAUAUGCAACCGAAACGAAUCGUAAACUAAAUAAUGCUGUCAAUCUAUCCGAUCUUUAUGAUGAAUUAAUACGUACCAAACAAGAAUUGACACGUGUUGUGGCCAAUAAUAUGCGUUUGGAAAAAGAACUAAAAGACAUGAAUGAACGAAUGGAUGAAGAAAGGCCAUUACUAUAUAAAAAUAUUCAUGAAUAUGAAUUGAUUGAACAGAAUUAUCAAAAAUUGCAGGAAGAAUUGAUGCAAUUAUUGAUGGAAAAAGAUAAAUUUAUGGCCGAAAAAGAUAAAGAUACGCAGAUGAUAAAUACGUUGAAACGUGAACUAAAACGUUAUCAACAGGAAACCCAAGAUUUAAGCAUACAGAUUGUACAUCUAAUGAAAGCCAUUCAAGAAGCUAAAGGAUUUCAGGUAUUCGAUGAUCAUCAGAUGAAUGAUUCAAUGCAACAACCGCAACAAUCAAACAUUCCAAAUGGUCUGAUACAAUUCAAAGAUAUACAAGAUUUACAAGAAAAAAAUCGUCACCUAUUAACAUUGUUACAUGAAAUGAAUGAUGAACUAACGAAUAGCCGAAAAAUUGGUGAAAAUAAUGAUGGUGAUGAACGUAUUGGUGAAUUAAAAGCUGAAUUAGAAACAUUGCAGACAAAAAUGAAAUCAUUACAUGCAGAAUUACAGCAGAAAAAUGAAAUUAUUGAAAUGACUAAAAAGCAAAAACGUUUAAUCAAUCCAAAUUAUUCAGCCGAAUUCGAUACAAUCGAAAUAUUCACCGAGAAUAAAGAAUUGAAAAUGAAAUUGGAAAAAUAUGUCGAUAAUUUUGAAACGUUACGACAGAAAAAUCUGGAUGAUACAAGACGCUUAGAAAUGGAUAAGAAUCAAUUGAUACAAGAAAAUUCAACGGUCAAAAGUGAUUUAUCACGGUUGACUACCGAAUUACAGAAUCAAAAAUCCUAUAUGCAUGAAGUAAAUUUAACAAUGGAAAAAAUUCAAGAUGAAAAUGCACUUUUACGUGAACGUAAUAUUAAAUUGAAUAGUUUGGUUGAAAAUCUAGAGAAAAACGUGAUCACAUUACAGAAUCAGAUUGAUUCAUUGAAUGAAAAUGUUCGAUCAAAAAAUAAUAACUUGGAAUUUUGUCGUGCCGAAUCAACACAGCUGAAAAGUCAGCUAGAUUAUCUGGCCAAAGAAAAUGAACGAUUAACAGGUGAGAUACGUACACAGAUGUCAUUGGUUGAAUCAAUGAAGGUGAUGCAGGAAAAUUGUGUUAAAGUUGAAAGCGAUACCGUACGACGACAACAGCAACAAAUUGAACGUUUUGAACAGGAAAUUGGUUAUUAUCGUGAAAAGGUGCAGAAACAAGAAGAUAAAUGGAAAGAAACCAUUGAAAGCUUUUCCACACGAUUACAUAGCCUACAAGAACAAUUGAAUAAAGAACGACAAAAAUAUCUUCAAUUACAGCAAGAAAAUUUUGAUUUGAAAAUAAAAUCUCAACAACAGCAACAACAACCAACGACAAUAUCACAGCAGCAACAACAGUCUCAAUCACAAACGGAAACGAUGAUGGAUAUUAAUGAUGAAAUGAAUGUUUCAAUUGGUGGUGGUGUUGGUGGCAGUUCAUUUUCAUCAUCAAAUAAAAAAGAAUUACAAAUGGCACAAGAUGAGAUAAAAAUUCUUCGUGGAAAAUUAACAAAUUCAGAAGAAAAAUGUUCAACAUUAGAAUCAACAAAUCAAUCAUUGGUGGAAAAUCUAAAUAAAGCUAUCGAAAAUAGUCAACAAAUGAAACAAAAUAUUGAUGAUGAAAUUCAAUCCAAAUUAACGAUUAUAACACAAUUGAAUGAAGAUCUACAGAAUCUAAAGGAAAAAUAUGAAAAAAUUGUGGCCGAAAAAGAUGCGGAAAUUGCGCAACUAAAAACAAAUGCCGAUAAUUAUGGUAGACAAACGGAAAAAUUGCGUAAAGAAUUGAAUGAAUUGCAACAAGCAUUGGAAAAAUCACAUCAAAAUGAACAUGAUUCAUUGAAUGAAAUGCAUUUACAAACAAUCAUUGCCGAUAAAGCUAAACAAGAAUAUGAUUCUGUAUUACAACAACGUAAUGAAGAUUCUAGAAUAAUUUUCGAAUUACAAACAAAAUUUGAUCAUUCACAACAACAAUUGGCCGCACAGGAAUCAGAACUAUCACGAUUACGUGAUGAAUAUCGUUUAAAUUUUGAAUCGAUCGAUAGUGCACGGAAAACGUUGCAACAAGAAUGUGAAAAAUUACAGAUGAAAUGUGGUUCUUUAGAACAGGUGAAUGAUAGCCUAUUUAAUCAAUUGGAACAGAUGAACAAUCAGAUUAUUGCAUUACAAAAUAAUUCCACAUUGUUUAUGGCGGAUGAACAACAGCAAAAAGAAUCGGCUACCCGCCUACUUUCAGUGGUAAAAUUUUUGCGUGAAGAAAAAUCUGGUCUACAAUUGGAAAUAUCCAAAUUAACCGAUGAUAAUCAACAGAUCCGAAUUGAAUUGGAUAAUUAUCGUACUGAAAUUGAUAAGCUGAAAUCAAUGCUCGAAAUGGAACGACAAUCAUCACAACGAUUGAAUACAUCGAAUGAAUUCAAAGAGAUUGUUGCCAAUGCACAAAUGGUACCAAUAUUACGUGAAAAUAAUAUUCAAUUUAAAACACAAGUAAAUCAAUUGGAACGUAAAUGUCAGGAACUAAUGGGAAAACUUCAAACGCUAGAAACAAAAGAAAAAUCAUUACAAAAUUUGAAUCAAAAAAAUGAAGCCGAAGCAGUUCAAGUGGAAUUAUUACGAAAAGAUCUGGACAAUUGGAAGGCAAAAGCACAGAGUCUAUCGCAACAGCUUCGAAAUUUUGAUGCCGAUAGUGUGAAACGAUUGAUGACGGAAAAAACAUCGUUGAGUAAACAAAUUCAAAUGAAUAAUGCCGAAUUGUUAAAGGUAAAAAAUGAACUGGAAAAUAAGACACGAAUGUUGUCACAGAAUGAACAAGAAUUGAACAAUAUACGACAACAACUGAAGAAAACCAUGGAACAGGAACAGAAUAUGUGUAAAGAAUAUCAGAAAACACGUAAUGAAAAUGCCAAUCUUCAGAAUGUUAAUGCACAGUUACGAUCAUUGGCACGAAAAUAUAAGGCUGAAAUUGGUAAGAUUAAAAAUACAAUAGCAACAACAACUUCGACGACAAUGGCCACAACAGCAACAUCUACCGCUUCUGCUGUUGUGUCCACUAAAAUGAUUGAUAAAGAUGUUCAAUGUGAUCCAAUUGUUGAUAUGGCAACAGCUUCAUCGACGAAUGUUGAUCAAUCCCAACAAAAACAACAACAACAAGCAAUUGAAUCAUUACGAAAUGAUAUACAACGAUUGAAUAAAGAAAAUGAAUCAUAUAAAAAACAUGCAUCGGAUAAGGAAGAGAUUGCCAAGAAAAUUGCUCAACAAGCUAAACAACGAAUAUCCGAUCUAAGUAUGGAAAAAUCGACGCUUUUGAAAGAGAAAGAAACAUUGGCGAAAAAUCUGGAAGAACUUCGAACGAAAAUGAAUAAAUUGGAAACUGAUUUUGAACAAUUACGUAGUGAAUAUGAUCAACAAAUGAUGCAAAAACGAAAAGAUUUGCAAACAGCAAAUAAGCAGAUUGAAGAUUUAACAUUACAAUUGAAAUCCUCACAACAAUUAUUGGUUACAGGAACCGGAUCAUCAACAACGAGUACUCAAUCAGUUGUUGUUGGUCCAUCAACAAUGGUUAAGGAUUCAAUGGUAACGACAACAAUGGCCGCACCUGCAACAACAACAACUAUUGCUAUGGGUAAUAGUGGUAAAACAACAUCAUCCGGCAUAACCACAUCGGCAAUACCACCGGUUAGACAUUCAGUGUUACCUCAACAACAACCAUCAACAUCCUCAUCAUUAUCAUCAUCAUCAUCGAUUACGUUGGUUUUCUCCAACAAUCCAAGCAAAUCAACACCAACGGUUAGCAUUAAACCGAUGACCAAAUCUAUUGCAUCAAAUUCCCGUUUUGGCCAGGUAUUUGGUCAAACAAUGAAAGAAACAAAUUCUUCAUUAUCUUCAACAUCAUUACCACAAGCAACGGUUCAACCGCAAACACAAGCCAUAUCAACUGUUAGUUCUGGUUCGGCUAUUGCUGCUGCACUAUCAACAUCAUCUGUUAGUUCAUCGGGUAAUAUUAUGGCAGCAACAACAACACAACAAUCUCAUCAUCAUCAUAUAUCUGAGCCGGUUGAAGAUUCUACGGUUACGGAAGUAGCAUCAACUUCAACAUCAACAUCUGGAUCAAAUAAACGACCAUUACAAAAUACAUCAUUUGAUGAACCAUCAAGUAGUGGUUAUAAUACAAAACGAUCAAAAAUUACAGCUCAAUCGAAUGUAUCAAGUGGUGGAAACAUUGCCAUCGGUGAUGAUGAUAACGAUAGUAAUGAUAUUGCUGAUGAUGAUGAAGAUGAAGAAUUUGCUUUAAUGGAAUCACAAGAAGAAGAUGAUAAUAAUGUUGACGACGAUGAUUUUCAUGAUGAUACUGAAUCACAAGCAAAAGAAAUGACCGACAAUGAAGAUGAUGAUGAGGCUAAUCAAGAUGACGAAGAUGGAGAAGUUGAAAGUGAAUUAGUUAUCGAUCAAGAACAUCACCCUUCUAAUAAUGAGAUAGAUGAUGUAAUAGAAGCGGAUGAAGAAGAUGAUGAUGAACAAAUUAUUGAAGAUGAGGAAGAAGAAUUGGCCGAUGAUGAAGAAUCAGCCGAAGAGGAUAAUAUAACAAGUCAUCAGCAACAAUCGGAUGAAGAAGUGGAUGAAGGCCAUGGUGAUGUUGAUGAUGAAGAUGAGGAAGAAGAAUGUGAUGAAUCCAUACUUGAAGGUGAAGAUGAGGAGAUUGAUGAAGAAGAUGAUGAUGGUAGUGAUAUUGAUGAAGAUGAAGAAGAAGAACCAGGUGAUGAUGACGAUGAUGAUGAUCAUGAUGAUCAUGAUCAACAACAACAGCAGCAAACAAGUUCGAAACAAUCGAUUGAAAAUAAUAGUGGUAUAUCGGAAGUUAGUUCAUCACAUCCAGGUUCAUCAUCAUCAACAGCAGCAACUUCUGGUAAUAAUAAUAAUAAUAAUAAUUGUGCCACUGCGACUACUACUAUAUCAACAGCUACCGAUGAUAGUAAUGAUAAACCAACAACCGGAAUGAAUCAACAAACAUGUUCAGCUAGAUCAUCAUCUAAUAUAAAUAUUGCACAAGGUUCACAAUCAUCAUCAACGACCAAAGUUUCCGAAUCGAUUAUUACAUCGCAAAGUUCAUCAUCGACAACUCCCGUACAUCAACAACAACAACCAACCGAAUCGAUCACUCCAUCAUCAUCAUCAUCAUCGCAACCACAACAAUCAUCACAACAACAGCCGCAUCAUCCACGAAUUCAACGAAAACCUGUAUUAUGGACGGAUAAUCCACAACGACAACAAACGUCGGCCAUACAUCGUGGUAAUAUCAUACAACAUGGUCAUCGAAUGCGAAUUACACAGCAACAAGCUCAACAGCAGCAGCAACAGCAGCCAUCACCACAGCAGAAUAUUCGUGGAUUACCAAGACCACGUGGUAGUGGUGGUACCAAUAUCCGUCGUGGUAUCAAUCGUAAUCGUAGAAAUUUUCGAUUCUAAUAGUUUAAUGAUUCAUUGACUUGAAUUUUUUUUUUGCUCAUUCACAUACACACACACACACACACAUUUGUGAUAAUCAUAUUCAUU